AAUGGCGUCACGUCGUAAUUGGUGCGUAAAGUCAACCAGAAGCGUAGAGAGGGGGGUUGCUGAAAACAUUCUGAAGGAGCGGAUGGACCGAUAAAUAAAGAUAUUCUCAAAGGAAGUUUAUUUCAGCAUCUGAUGUAAGAACAACCUCAGGAGGAUCAAUGUCGUUUCUUCGCUGGGUAACUGAGAAACUGAGUGUGGAGAGCCUGCGGGAUCUGGAGUUAUUUGGAGAGCAAGCUCAGGGAUUCUCACACAGGAAACCCCAUGAGGACAGUGAGGAGAGUUUGAGCUCGCUGCCACACCGAGACACGAUGGGCUCCUUCCUGCCAGACAGCGGCUCGUACGAGCUGCUCGCUGUUAUCGGAAAAGGCUUGGACGACCUGAUGACUGUGAAUUUGGCUCGUUACAAACCCACUGGAGAACAUGUGGCCAUUCGUCGAAUCGACUUGGAGUCAUGCACCAACGAUAUGGUCACCUACCUGCAGGGUGAGCUACAUGUGUCAAAGUUGUUUCAUCACCCCAGUAUUCUGCCGUACAGAAGCGUCUUUAUAGCAGAAAACGAGCUUUGGGUCAUCACACCAUUCAUGGCUUAUGGUUCAGCUAGAGAUCUCAUCUGCACUCACUUUUCGGAUGGGAUGGGUGAACUCACCAUUGCGUACAUUUUGCUCGGCAUGCUAAAAGCUCUUGAAUACAUCCAUCACAUGGGAUAUGUACACAGGAGUGUGAAGGCCAGCCAUGUUCUGAUAUCUGCAGACGGACAAGUCUGCAUGUCCGGUCUGCGGAGUAUUUUCAGCCUCAUCCGUAACGGCCAAAGGGCCAAAAUGGUUCAUGACUUCCCUCAGUACAGUGUGAAGGUGCUACCUUGGCUCAGCCCUGAAGUGCUACAGCAGAAUCUGCAGGGAUACGACUUUCGAUCAGACAUCUACAGCCUGGGCAUCACGGCCUGUGAAUUAGCCAAUGGACAUGUGCCGUUCAAAGACAUGCCAGCUACACAGAUGCUUCUGGAGAAGCUGAACGGAACCGUGCCUUGCUUGCUGGAUACCGCCACGAUUCCCCCGGAGGAGCUGUCGCUCAAGCCGUCCCGCUCUGCUGCCGACUCGGGGAUCUGCGAGGGCCCGAGAGCCGGAGGGCUCCGGCUCUCAAACGGAGAACCGUCCUCAUCCUCCGGAGGACAUCCGUAUAACCGCGCAUUUUCCCCCCACUUUCACAACUUUGUAGAGCUGUGUCUGCAGCGAGAUCCAGAAAAUAGACCAUCUGCUGCCACUCUUACUGGACAUCCUUUCUUCAAACAGAUCAAACGUCGACCGGCGGAGGUGCUGCCUGAGCUGCUGCAGCCAGUGUCACCCAUCACUUGCUUCGAGAACUCCGGGCCACAGGACUCCGUUUCUGGACUGGCAAGUCUGGAGUCUGGCCUGAGCUACCUGGAGGUGGACGACUGGGACUUCUGACAGUAACGGACUCAACAAGCAGAGGAUUUUAUGGAGAAGCUCUUCACUGAGGAUGGGAUUUGUUAUGUAAUUGAUCUCCUGUUAAGUGAUUUCCAUGGUAAUUUAAAAGGAAGUUGUUAUUCACAGACAAAUUUAAAGCUAAGUGUCAGGGCUAUUGUGAACAAGUGGGCAUGGAGGAGUAAAUUUCUGCCUAAUUACUCACCAAUUUACAAGAAAAAAAUGUGGAAAGUUUGUUUGUUGUAAAUAUGUAGGGAAAAAUUUUAGUUUUCCACAUUUACAGGCAAUAAUUUAUUAUGUUAAAAUUAAAACUAGAAUAUUUUGACACUAUAAAGUCAGAAAUGUGUCGGGGGGGCUGAAUUUUACCAGGUGAAAUCUCAAAUUAAAGGUAAAAUCAGUUCUCUGCAAAAAAAGAAAGAAGUCCUCUAAGAAUGAGUUUUUCUUUUGAAUCAAAACAUAUUUCUGGUCCUAAAUUUACUGCUCAAAUCUUUUUGUUGCAAAUGUCCAGCUUUAUGAUCUCAGAGAAAUUAUUUUUGUUUUCUUUGCAAGUUUUUGGCUUUACAGUGUCAAAAGAUUAUAAAAUGUAUGCCUUCUUGCAAAUUUACAAUAAUCAGAACAGUCAGGGUUUUAUUCUUGUAAAUAUAUUAAAUUAAUCUCACAACUUUUUAGUUUCUAGGUGGAAAUUUACUCCACCGUGACCAGUUAUUUUCUUUUAAUGCUCCUAAUACUCUGCAUUUUUCUUGAUGUCUUGCUCAUGUUGUUUUCUAGAUAUGCACAAACUCUCACAUGGCACUGAAGGCCUGACAACGGUUCACUAAAACACAAAAUGCCAUUUCUGAGUCGAUCAGAAGCCGCUCAAUAUUUUUUCAGGAACACUUAUUUUGCAUUAAAAUUGUAACUUUAUCAUUUUCCACAGAUGACUGUUACCGCCUUAAAGCAGAUGGAAAUGUUCUUGAUUAAUCAACUGAACAAACAGGAUGUAAAUGGGUUUUUCAGUUGCUUCAGGCUGUUUUUUGUUGCAUAGUUUGCAAAUGAGUGAUCGGGGUGUUACUCAUGGAGAAAGUUAAUCUUUCUUUUAUGCUUGUUUUGUUUGCAUGUAUAUUUGAACGUAAGGGCAAAAAUUAAACCUUAACAAUAAA